AUGGCGGUCGCGCUCAACUGCAUCGGCCAUCGCCCAUCGCCCAUCGGGGCGCCAGCGAUCUUCUGCGAGUUGCGAGAAAAGAUCCAGCAUCCCGCUCAGAGCUCAGUCUGGUCACAGCUCAAACCGGUCGACGUGGGCACGAACCGGAAGGGGCGCCGCGGCAUUAGAGAGCACUCCACCGCCACACCGUUUUUAUGCGGGUAUCUGCUGAUCGUCUCGAACAACGUAGUCGCCGACGUCAUGAAAGAGCUCAAGGACGAGAUUGCGAGCUCCGGCCUGGACCAGUCUGUCCUCAGCGAGCUGCGCAAGGGAUGGGAGGAGCACUUGAACCGACAAGGGCGCCUGCGCGACAUGGCAGUCGACGUCGGCGACAGGCAGCAGCUGGUUCCGUCGCAGUACGUCGCAGACCGGCAGACGGUGGCGCAACUCAGAACAGACCCAAGAGCCAUCCAGCGUGCCGCCACUGCGGCCGAGCGCAUCUCCGACAUACCGCCCAUCGCAAACACCGACAUCUACAAAGGAGGAGGCUUGAGGUAG